AUGCUGGUUCGUUCCACCGACGUGAUCGUGGUGUCUUCGGACGACGAGAACAACAAUGAAAGCUUUCCUGAAACUCUACCGGAGAAAAACAGCAUACCUCGUCAGAUCAGCUCCACUUCUCAGGAGCCUAAUAAAUGGUGGGAGCUGCUUAGCCAAUACGAUAACGAGGGCAAAAGUCAUGAUGAUAGUGCUCUAGAGACGAGAGGAACCAAGAGAAAGGAACCUGAUACCCGUGAUGCACCAGUAGGAGGUUAUGCAAGUGGAGAGUCCUCAGGGGAAGAGAGGAAGUCGAAGUACUUCAACCCACAUAGACAUCAGGUGGCGCUUGAGCUGGACACAGACUCCGUCAUUGUCAUUUUAUCCAGUGACGAAGAAGGCGAUCUGUCCGUGGCAGGUGCUGAUUACUCAGGUGAGAAGGAAUCUCCAGUUCAGAAUCCCUCGCCAGUCUUCCAUGAUAGAGUUCCAUCGCCCAGCGUGGGUAGCUCCCCUCUUUUGAAACAAGCCGAACAGAUUCAGCAAAAUGGCCGAUCUCAUAAUAUAGAACAAGAGCAGGUGGAGCAGCAGGUGCCAAGUUUACAGCAGUUUAACGGUGUACAGCAUAGCGCUAAUUUAGAGCAGAAUCACAUCUCCGAACCCACACAGGCUACCGUGGAGGAUAACAGCAUGGAGGACUCCGACGACGAAAUUGCAGUUCUCAGUAAGGAAGAAGCAGAAAGGAUGGGUAAGUUCAAGGCCACGACGUUUGAACAGCCCCCAGUGCAGCGACCUAACGAUUUGAAUCUGGCCUACCAAAAUGCUCUCGCAAAUACCUCAUUCAACCAGCCAGUGCCACUGGUGCAAGCAUUUACUCCUCAAGUAUACUCACUGGAUCCCCUAGAAGCACAACAAGACGCCAAAGCUGCAGAGUACUUCCUUGCUCAGCAAAUGCCACAGCUUGAGACACACUCAAUGAGCUUGGAUGCCCAAAUAUCGAGGUUUAAGAAUAUAAGAGACUCGUAUUUGAGGCACAUGAGUGAGGCCAGAAAUAGUAUGGCGGCACUUUCGUUGGAUGAUACCGAUCGCAGAGCAGACUUGAUCAGAGAACUCAACUCGUCGCUUCAGGAGGCAAACAUUGCAAUCGAGCGGGCAAAGAAGAUCAGAAGGUAUAAGAACAUCUUGCUUGAUGUCAUGGCCUACAAGAGAAGAACGAUGCACAUCAAUCCUCGCCAGCAUCCGAGCCAAGGUCCCCAAGGAUCCUUCUUCAACUAUUCCGUUCCCCCAUCUCACGCGCCGCCUAAUAUUCAUGCGCCACAUUUGCCAGCUUAUAGACCAGGUGUUCAAACGCAGAACAUUUACGAGGACACUGUUCAUCUUCAGGAGCUUUUGAAAGAUGUGGGUAAUGAGGAGAAGAUCGAGGGCAUGGCUCUGACACCUUCUGAGCUAAGUGUGCAAUUGUUAGAUCACCAGAGACGUGGAUUACAUUGGCUCCUUAAACGUGAAAAGGAGGAACAAGGUAGCAUUCUUGCGGACGAUAUGGGUCUUGGAAAAACAGUUCAGACCAUCGCACUUUUGAUGGCGAACCCACCAUCAGCAGAGGACCAGGAUCGGAAAACUACUCUUAUCGUGGGACCCGUUUCCCUUUUACGACAGUGGAACGCUGAACUCAGGGCUAAGAUUAACAUGGAGCACAAACAGAAGGUUGCCUUUUUCCACGGUACUGACAAAAAGAAAAUCAACACAUUCAAAAAGUUGCAAAGGUAUGACGUUGUUUUGGUAUCUUACACAACUCUAGCGUCCGAGUUCAAGCAGCAUUAUGCCCAAGUAUUGGAGGAGGCAAUGUUAUCCCAUGGCCAAAAUGUCAUCCCAGAUGCUAACCUGGGAGGAACAGUGUAUGCCUCUCCAUUUUUCUCUCGUGACGCUAAGUUUUAUAGAGUGGUUCUUGAUGAAGCGCAGUACAUCAAGAAUAAGGUCUCGCAAACUUCCAAGGCCACAGCUCUUGUCAAAUCGAAGCAUCGUCUCUGCUUGACAGGUACGCCAAUGCAGAAUAGUGUGGACGAGCUAUACCCCAUUCUUCGAUUCCUUAGAACAAGACCCUACAAUGACGAAGUGAAAUUCAAACGUGAUAUUGCAGUGCCUAUGCGGUCUAAUGCAAAUGAGGCGGAUGAGUACGACAGAAACGUUUCAAUGAAAAAGUUGAGAGCAAUUCUUCUGGCAAUUAUGCUUCGCCGGACGAAGGAUUCCAAAGUCGAUGGUAAGCCUCUCAUGGUAUUGCCCAAGAAAACUGUCAAGAAGGUUGUCAUUAGUAUGGAUGCAGAAGAGGCUAAAGAAUACAAGGACCUCGAGUCUGGAAUUCAGAAGAAGGCAGAGCGGCUUCUUAACUCUAAACACAAGAAUUCACACAGCAAUAUUCUUACGUUGCUUUUGAGGUUGAGGCAGAUGUGUAUUCACGACAUCUUAGUUCAAGUUGGAGAGUUAAAUGCGGCGGAGAAUAAGGAAGGGUAUGGCGGAGUUCAAAAUUGGAAGACAAUGUAUGCCCUUUCCCAGAAUUUUCCCGAACAUGUGAGGCAUAGGAUCGCAGAAGAUUUGAGAAAGAGUGAUAGAGUAAUGCCCGUUGAUCCCGACGAUUUUGAUGAAGGCAGCACACAGUUGACUUGUCCUAUGUGUCUUGACGUUGUCGACGAAACAGCAAUUGUUCUACUACAUCCAUGUGGACACAUGAUUUGUGAUGGCUGUGUUGGAAAUUUCUUCGAGCAAGACGCUAAUGACGAUGGUACAGUGUCAUGUACGAUUUGCCGGCAACCCGUCUCUGAGAAGUCUUUGGUGAGCUAUAAAAUCUAUGACCAAAUCGUCAACGAAGACCUCAGCUUCGACGACUUGAAAGCACAGUACGGCCUGGGAAAGGCGAAGAAGACUACAACGACUGAGAAGAUUAAUAAGAUUAUACAUGACAAUGGUGGGUUUACCUUGUCAGCAAAACUUCAGAAGACGCUCGAUCUUAUACGAGAUGUGGUCAAAUCUUCGGACGAUGAGAAGAUCAUUGUCUUUUCUCACUUCACUGGAACUUUUGAUCUCUUGGCGAAAGCUCUUCAAGACAGUCACAUUGAACACUUGCGCUAUGAUGGAACCAUGAACAUUGAUUUAAAAAAUACGACGAUCAAACGGUUUUAUCAAGGGAGCGAAAGAGUCUUGCUUAUAUCACUUAAGGCAGGUAAUGUCGGUUUGACUUUGACUUGUGCGUCGCACGUCAUUAUCAUGGACCCCUUCUGGAAUCCUUUUGUGGAAGACCAGGCCAUGGAUAGAGCCCAUCGUUUCGGUCAACAGCGACCUGUUAACGUUUAUAAGUUGCUUGUGACAGACACAGUGGAGGACAGAAUUGUCAACUUGCAGGACAGAAAGAAGGAGCUCAGUUGA